UAAGUAUCAAGUAUCCAAAGUCUUCUCUCGCCCCCAUCGAUUUCCACCUUCUUAUUAAUUGUCGUCAUCCAACACCAGAGGUUCGAUUGUAUUGUAUAUGCGCGAUCGGUCUGCAAUUACUGGUCCACAUGGGCAAGGCACCCGCGACCGCGAGGCAAACGAAGGCCGCGAAACUGCGGAAGCUGCCGCCGGUGAAGGUGGUGCACAUCUCCAACCCCAUGAGGGUGACGACGAGCGCCGCCAAGUUCCGCGGACUCGUGCAGAGGCUCACCGGCCGCCACUCCAACGUCGCCGACAUGGUCUUCGACCACUCCUCCGUCUUCCUCGACGGCGAACUAGAGCUGCAGCAGCAGAGCUACGUGUCCUCCUCCCUGACGCCCGCUGCUACAUCCGGGGCAGACAACUACUACGGCGGCGCCACCGCGACGGACCCGUAUGUGCUUGGGGUGCUGGAUCUGGAUCGGCAGGCGCUGGGGGUUCGUGGCGCUGGUGGAUUUUGGAGACAGUUCGGCGCUUAAGAUCAUCAAUGGAUGUAAUAUGAUCGAUUUGGUGCGCAGAUACAUGAUUAAACUGUGCUGUAUAUCAUCACUUGAUCUCUAUCCAUCUGUACUCUUGCCGCAGCAUGUUGAUAAAAUACUCUUUGAAUUAUAAAAAAAAAAUGAUUAAUAAAGUUGGGUAACAUCGAAUUUAAGAUGA